AUGAAUAUUCUUAUAGCAGUUGCGAUCAAUAUUCUGAUAAAUAGCUUCAUCCGAGGGCUAACAGAAUUCUUCACAAUAUUUGGAGAUUCAGAACACUCCGGAGACCUUGAUGAACUGAACCAGCCCUGCAAAGUUUUCAUAGUAAAGCCAAUAAGUCCACUUCCCAUGAUUGUUUCGCUUGUUGAGGAUAUUGUUGUAGAGUAUGUCACAGAUACGGUCCAUAAAACUGAAGAUGUUGCAUCCAAAAGGGGCAAACUAUUAACAGAGGACUUUCUCUUUUUAAUUGGAAAGAAUUUUCCGAAACUUAACCGUUGCACGGAAUUGCUCUCAAUGAAUGAAGAACUUAAGCAAGCAAGGAAGACAAUAGAUGUAGAGAAAUUAGCAUAUAAGGAGUAA